UCGCUGGUUUUUGAGCCAAAUUCUAAGUUUUGGAUGCAAGUUUGGCAAGAGUUGGGUCUUCUCAUCUUCGAGAGCUUCCAAGUUCUAUUCUCAAGACGUCUAAUAGCGUUCAAUCCAAGCUUCUUCGUGUCCAAGGUGCCGCCGACAACGGAUGAUACCUUCAGCUCGAGAUGGCUUCUGCACCCGCCGGCACCACUAAUUUGAUCACUCUAACAGCCUACGUGAUCUCCUCAACUGGAUCGCUCACGUUUCAUUGAUCAGAAAUGCCGUAAAGGCGCGGCAGCCUUAGAGGCUAGAGCUUAUAAACUCUAAGCCCAAACUCACCUUCUUCUUUCCCUGUUCCUCCAAUCAACCAUGGACUCAACCAGCAACAGUUCUGAGAAAAGGGAAGAUCACAAUACCCAUGCGUCAAGCACAGUACACAGCUACGACGUAGAUGUCGGCACCCAGCUGAUCGAUGAGACAGACAGCCCCCUCACUCCACAGGAGGCCUCUCGGCUCAGGGCCAAGAUUGAUUGGCAUAUUAUGCCAUUCAUGUGUAUCAUGUACUUAAUCACGUUCAUGGAUAAAACCACUCUGGGAGAGGCAGCGGUGCUGGGGAUAAUCGAUGAUGCACAUUUAACUACUAAUCAAUUUGACUGGCUUGGCACAAUAUUUUAUCUAAGCUACCUCGUUUUUCAAUACCCCCAGAACUUGGCAUUGCAGCGCUACCCUGUUGGAAAAUGGAUGAGCAUCAAUAUCUUCCUGUGGGCCGUGGUCCUACUAUGUCAUGCUGCUUGCAAAUCUUUCGGAGCAUUGUUCGCCUUGCGCUUCUUGCUGGGAAUGUGCGAAGGUGCCAUCACCCCCGGCUUUAUGAUUGUCACAUCAAUGUUCUUCACACAUGCUGAGCAAACGAGGCGUGUCGGUUAUUGGUUCUUGAUGAACGGUUUCGCUGUGAUCAUUCUGGGUUUCGUCAGCUAUGGCCUCCUACACACGCAUAUGACCACCUUCAUGCCCUGGCAAUGGCUCAUGAUUAUCACUGGUAUCAUUACAUUGAUCACCUCCGUGCUCUUCUGGUUUUUCUUCCCUGAUUCACCCGCCACCGCUUGGUUCUUAACUCCAGAAGAGAGAGUCGCGGCGAUUCGCAGAAUUCAAGUGAAUCAAAGUGGCGUAGAGAACAAGCAUUUCAAGACGGAACAGUUCCUCGAAACCAUCAAGGAUCCUAAGACGUGGUUAAUGGCAUUCUUUGCAGGGUCUGCAAACAUUGUGAAUUCUCUCACUAAUCAACGCCAGUUGAUUGUCGCACAAUUCGGUUUCAACGAUAUCCAGACAACUCUCCUUGGAUGUGUCGAUGGUGUGGUCGAAAUUCUUACCAUUUGGCUGGGAGUGGUUCUUGCUUCACAACCAUCCAUCGGCAGAUCAUAUGCUGGUGUGCUAAUGUACAUCCCCGCGAUACUCGGCGCGAUACUAGUUAGCACACUUCCGUUCUCCAACAAAAUAGGCUUACUAUUCUCGUACUGGAUUUCAAUCUUUGCGAUUGCGCCAUUCACUAUUUUCCUUGGUUGGGUUGGUUCAAUAACAUCUGGACAUACGAAACGGAUCACCACCAAUGCCAUCGUCCUGUGCUCAUACGCGAUUGGCAAUGCCGUUAGUCAGUUUAUGUGGAAGGCACAGUAUCAACCCAGGAAUCACGUUCCUUGGGCUGUGAUCGCAUCAUGCAAUUUUGCUGCUGGUAUCGCCCUGGUGGUCCUUCGUUUCAUGCUCGCCAGUGAUAACACGAAACGAGACCGUGAAACCCCCGAUGACAAGCACGGUGCGGUGUAUAUACUGGACGAAUCGGGCACGGAGAGGAGGGUGGACAAAGCCUUCCUCGAUCUCACAGACAAACAAAACCGCGAUUUCCGCUAUGUUCUAUAGGUGUUGCCCUCGUCACUCAUCUAAAGCGUAAUUUCCCGCCAAAAAAAUAUCUUCGGAUUUCCAGUUCUUUGUCCUCAGCUUGUGUCGAUGCCGUUUUGAUUUUCAUUGUUACAUCUUGUGCAUAAUUCUGUAUUAUUUGGUACU